AAAGGAGGCUUUUAAGCGCAACACAAGUUAUUUUUCUGGUGAGGUGUCACCGUGUAUGCCACCGUAACAAACAGGUGUUUGCACAGCAUAGGAAAACUUAACUACAGUUCGACACGGUCCAUCUGGCCCAGACUCUUUGUGAUAAAUACUCGAUGUAACGCCACUCUCGUCCUUCAUAGUCAUAUCGUGCAAUCUCACCCGGCGAGAUAACACUCCUGACUCGGUGACAUGUCUCUCACGGUUUUGCAAGCGAUCGUACUUAUUACUCUGUGUGUUAUUCACAUUUUUGCUGACCGCACAGAAAUUGCUGAUGAUUCUUUGGCAAGAGAUGGACCUAUUGAACAACAGCAUGUGUCACCAAGUCUUGAAACCUGGUUCAAUAAAGCAUAUCUCAGCAACCGAGGCCCACUGGGUCAAAAAGAAAUGAAGUGUGGUGCAUCUAGAGGAGACUAUGGAAACGACGAGGAGCUUCCUGAAGUGAAGUGUUCAGCCCACGAGACGGUUGUUUCCGUUGGCAAUCCGUACGGUGCUAUCAGUUACGAGCCCUCGUACGUCAAAGUGAAGCGGUGUAUUGGAAAAGCGUUACCUCGCACAAGAUGUGCUCCAGUCAAACAUCGAUAUCGCUAUCGUAAUGUGAAAGUACAGAAGUUCAUAGGCGAUAAACAAGUUGCAACGUGUGUAGUCCCUAUUAGAGAGGAUUUGAGGUGCCAGUUUACGUGUAUCAAAAGUCAACGCGAUUGUAAAAGCGGCGAAAUAUUUGACUCGAGUAGAUGUGCUUGUAAGAGCAAGUCGGGUUAAAAUGUAGUGUUUUGAGAUGAAUAUAUAACAUAGUGACAAACUUACGCAAACAGACGAGCUGUAGCCAUUCCUUCCGUCUCCGUUAGGAAAUAUUCUAAAAUAAAUAAAAACUUCAUAAAAGCA